CCCCCAACCACACACCCCCGGUUCCCUUUGCUGCAGGAGCAGCCGGUGCAUGGGCAGUGCACGGGCACCGGCAGGAGCACGCUGCGCACCCCCGCCACGGGACCGCACUCGCCCCGCGCGCGGAACGCCCCUCCGGAGCGGAGGAUGAGCCGGCAGCCCCGGCGCGGAGCGCGGCAGGACGCCCGCCGAGCCGGCCCGGCGCGGCGCUGAGCAUCGCCCACCAGCCGUGUCGGGGUCCCGCCGAGCCCCCCGCGGGUGGGUGCCCCCGGCAUGGACGGCCGCGACUUCGCGCCCCCGCCGCGGCUGCUGUCGGAGCGGGGCAGCCUGGGCCACCGGCACGGCUCCGGGCGCGUGGCGGGGUCGGCACACGGGGCCGUGCAGCCCCCCGGACACUUCCAGCCCACCAAGUACUUCCCGGCGCCCAUCUCCAUGGCCACGCACACAGCCGGCAGCAGCCUGAUGGGGAGCGCCCCUCCCUCCUCCUUCAUGGGGGGCUUCCUGAGCAGCAGCCUGGGCUCGGGGGGGCCCAGCCACCCCGCUGGCCCCGCUGCCUCCCCCCCAGAGCCAGCCUUCUGUGGGCCCCACUCCGGCACCUCCCAGAUCUGGUUCUCCCACUCCCAUGAAGCCCCGGGGUACCCCCGCUUCUCCGGGAGCUUGGCCUCCACCUUCCUGCCCAUGGGCCACCUGGACCACCACGGCAAUGGCAACGUGCUCUACGGCCAGCACCGCUUCUACGAGAGCCAGAAAGAUAACUUCUACCUGCGGAACCUUCCGGCACAGCCCCCCCUGCUCCCUGCCAGCCACGGCUUCCCCGGCAUCGCCCGCGCCGCCCCUGGGCCCCCCGCCGGCUCCUGCAGCCGGGAGCGGGACAGCGGCCCCCUGCCCAAGACCCCCAAGGACUACGAGCGCUUCCUGGUGGGCAAGGAGAAGGGGGGCAAGGGGGACCCCAAGGAGCGGCUGCCCGAGGAGGACCCCAAGGAGCGGCACAAGGCGGUGCUGCCGGUGCCGCCCGAGGGGCACUGCAAGGAGGGGGUGCCGCCGCGGGGCUCCGGCGAUGGGCGCCCCAAGCCCUUGGCCUCGUGCCUGCUGGGUGCCAAGGGGCUGGACGGUGACGGCGCCCGCGCGGCGCUGCCCAGCUGUGCCGGGAACGCCCUGCCCCGCGCCGCCCGCUGCGCCCCCAAGGAGCGGGAGCCGGGGGUCCCUGAGGCGCCCCAGCCCUACGGCGAGGCCGUGGAGCGGCGGCAGAUGCUGCACCACGCCGUGUCCUACGCCGUGCCCGCCGCCGGCUCCUUCCCCUGCCUCCCGCUCCACACCGGCCCCGAGGUGCUGUGCCCGCUGCCCGAGCCCCCCGCCCGCGAGCUGAAGCUGAGCGGGGCCACGCUGGUGCCCUCGGUGGGACCCCCGACGGACAAGAGCCGCUCGUUCCAGGCGGAAUCCGGUGGGAUGGAGCGAGGGGACGGCAAGGAGCGGCACAACGAGGGGAGCACCGAGCCCUAUGGUGCCCCCUUCCAUCACCCGCUGAAGGCCGAGGGGCCAGCGGAGCGGCGGCUGGACUGGGGGGCUCCGGGCACCCGGCUGAAGGGGCUGGAGUACCUGGGGGGGGGUGCAGCUGAGGGACCCCCCUUCUCCGGCAGGUGCCCGGCGUCCAAGGGGGGGCUGGAGAAGGGCUACUUCGAGGUGCCACCGGCCCCCGACUGCUCCCGUGCCCCCCGCCCUGACCCCCUGGGCGUCCGUGUCGGCCCCUCCUGCUGCACUUUAGAGAAGGGCCCCCCCAAGGACCCCCCGGCCCAGAAGGUGGCUCGGAUCCGGCACCAGCAGCACCCCGAGGCUGAGGUGGCCGAGGGCAAGCGCAAGCCCCUGGAGCUGGGUACCCUGGGCUACAGCGGGCACCCCCUGCCCCCCUGGGGGGUGCAGGGCCAGGGGCCCCCCCUGGCUGUGGCAGAGGAGAGGAAGGGGGGCCCCUACCUGGACCCCUUCGGCGCGGGGCUGGUGCGGGCGCAGGAGGUGCCCAACGCCCCCGACGAGGUCUCGGCCAUGAAGAACCUGCUCAAGUACAGCAACGGGGCCCUGCUGGGGGGGCAGAAGGGCCCCCCCUUCGUGGGGCUGGCAGGCUCCAAGGGCAGCUGCGCCCACCAGGACGCCAAAUUCCCGUCGGGAAAAGGGCAGCUGGAGCUGGAGCGGCCGGACUGCGCCCGCGGCCGGGAGCACGAGGCGCUGGGCCCCGGCGGCACCGAGGGCGAGGUGCGGCAGCCGCCCGUGGGCAUCGCCGUGGCCGUGGCGCGGCAGAAGGACACGCUGGGCCGCCACGAGCCCUACGGCAACGGCGGCACCGGGGGCGCGGGACGGCAGCGGGCGGCAGCCGGAGUCAAAGCGGGCACCGCGCGCCCCGUGCACCUGAUGGAGCUGGAGGCCGAGGAGGAGCGGGGCCGGCUGUGUGAGGAGCGCCUGGGGCUGCCCGGGAGGGACAUCCUGCUCCAGGACAACAAGGACCUGGUGGAGUUUGCCCGGAUGCACCCAUCAGGGGGGUGUCCCGGGGAGCUGGCCCCCCACCUGAUGAUGGCAGGGGGCUCCUCGCUGCCAGCAGGGCAGCUGGGCGGGGACCCCGCCGCCCACGCCCACCCUGCGCACACGCACUGGCUGCCCCGCACCCGCAGCCCCUCCAUCUGGAUGGGGGGGCACUCCUACGGCAUCGGGCACCCGGCGCUGCACCAGAACCUGCCCCCCGCCUUCCCCACCUCCAUGCCCAGUGCCAUGCAGCCCGUGUUCCCCCUCGCCCAGGACCCCCCUGCCCAGCUCGUCAUCCUCCCCACAGAGCCCCCCGCCCACAGCACCCCCCACACGCUGGCCGACGUGAUGGACCAGGCAUCGCUGUGGCCCCCCAUGUACCCGGGCCGGGGUCCCAGUGCCCACCUGCAGCACACGGGGCAGCUGCCCGUGUACCCACGGUCGCAGUUCCUGCGGCAGCAGGAACUCUACGCCCUCCAGCAGCAGCAGCAGCAGCAGCAGCAGCAACGGGCAGCCCAGGCCCUCGAGAUCCAGCGCCAGGCACACGGCCAGCGGAAGACAGAGGAGCAGCCCCUGGAGCUGGAGGAGGGGGGUCCUGAGAAGCCCCUCAAACCCUCCCACAAAGCAGUUGCCUUAAACCCCCCGACCAAGGGCCUGACCUCGGCGGCCCCCGCGCCCCCCAAGCUGUCCCCCUGCUGCCACUCGCCAGCCCUGCGGCACCCGGCCAAGUGCCCAGUGACCCUGCCCACGGCCCCCUGCACUUUACCCGCCUGCCCCGCCGCCAGCCCGGCCGUGGCCCCGCGCUCGCCGGCCGACAGCCCCCUGCCCGCCCCCAGCAAGGGCAGCGAGGGCGAGGACGCGCGGGGCGAGGGGCAGCCCCCGCACCGCUACCCCAAACCCCUGGAGCCAGACCUGCCCCCCGGGUAUGGCUACCCCGCCGCCGCCAUGGGCUACCCCGCGGCGCACUCAGCCGAGCCGGCGGACCCCGACCCCGUGCACGCCGGGUCACCCCCCGCAGAGCCCGAGCAGUCCCGGACCUUCAGCCCCACUGCCGAGGCGCUGCGGGAGCCGGGCCCCCCACGGGACCCCCCGGCCGAGGGUCCCGGGGUGCUGCUGCACCGCCACCACCUGCUGCUCCCCCCGGGGCCCCUCUGCGGGGAGCGAGGGGCAGCGCCGGCCACGGGGGACAGGAGGAGCCCUUCGGGGGGCACCGGGAGGUGGCUCAGGGAGCACCGGAGCAGCCGGAGCAGCAGCACCCCGUGCCCGGGGGAGGAGGAGGAGGAGGAAGGCGACAGCGAUGGCUUGGAACCGGAGGGCAACUGCGAUGAGGAGGAGGAUGGUGAUGUCCCUGUUGGGCACCAGGGCUGCCUGGGUGGGCUGGAGGCUCUGAUCGCUGCCGGCAUCGACCUGGGGGAGCUGCCAGCACUGGACGAGCCUGAGGAGCCUCCUCCUGCACCCCCUUCGCCCGCCCCCCACCCCUCAGGGAUCCCCGGCAUUGCCCUGCUCAGUGAACUCGCCGACCUGGAGCUGCGCCGGCGCCGCUGCGACCUGGCCAGGGAAGGUGAGGAUGAGGAGCUGCUGGCCUUCAACCUGCAGAACCUGGCCACGGUGGCGGCCGCCUGGUCGCUGGUGGAGGCGGCGGGGCGGGAGGGCAGCCCCCCCGCGCUCAGCCCCCUGCCCGCCUCGCCCCCACCCCGCACCCGUGUCCCCCGCCGCAAGUACACCUGGACCCCCAAAACCAAGGCCGUGUGCCCGCUGAAGGCGGCCAUGGAGCAGCUGAACACGCAGGAGGUGGAGGUGCGGAUGCGCCUGGCCGAGCUCCAGCGCCGCUACAAGGAGAAGCAGCGGGAGCUGGUGAGGCUCCAGCGGCGCCACGACCACGAGCGCGACGAGAGCUCCCGGAGCCCGGCGCGGCGCGGGCCGGGGCGGCCGAAGAGGAAACACUCCAGUGCUCUGGGCAGGGCCGAGAGCCGCAAGGUCAAGGCAGUGAAGACCAGCCUGUCCCUGCUGUGUGCCGAGCUGAGGGGGGACCCUGAGCCCCAGAAGAAGAGGAGCAAACUGUCAGGGGGGACCUUCAGCAGCCUCCAGGGCUCCCCGCUGAAGCAGAAGGUGAAGGGCAAGGGGCUGCCCCCCGGCCUCAGCCCCUUCCGCCGGAGGGAUCCCAACCCCGGCGCCCGCAUCCAGAAGAAGCUGAACCGACCCAAGGGCUCCAAGGGCUCCAAGUACCAGGGGCAGGACCCCGGCCCCCGGCAGCCCCCCCACUUCAGAGAUGAGCCCGAAGGGGACACGGACAGCGAGGAUGAGGAGCCGGGGCUGUCCCUGCCCACGGGGCCGGUGGCCGUGCUGGGGCCCUCCCCAUCCUCUGUGGUGAAGAUGGAGGCCAAUGAGAAGGCCAAGAAGAAAAAGGAAAGGCAGGGGCUGCUAGGUCCCUGCCGCCUGGGCAGCCCCGAGGGGGAGGUGAAGAUCAAGCGGCGGCCGGUGAAGCCGGGGGGUGCCGGGAAGCUGGAGAAGGUGCCGGGGCGGCGGAAGGCCGGGGGCUGCCCCGAGGGCAGCAAGAAGAAGCUGAAGGUCAAGAACAAGGAGAGCCUGCGGCCCCCAGCUCCCGGUGGCCCCAGCCCCACGGGACCCCCCGGCAGCCUCUUCGGGGGCACCGACCCCCGGCUCCUGGGGCCGCGGGACGAGGGGGCUCGGCUGGGAGAGAGGGGCAAGAAGGGCACCCGCAAGAGCAAGGGGCUGCAGGCAGCCCUCAGGCGCAAGAACGGGGCCCUCUCGUUGGCCCUCUCCCCCCGGAGCGCCAAGACCAUCCUGAGCAAGGGCAAGAAGCUGGCCAAGGUCAAGAGCAAAGUGGCCACCAAGCAGUGCAAGGGCCGGGCAGUCAGCAAACUGCUGGAGAGCUUCACCGUGGAGGACGACUUCGACUUCGAUGACAACAGCAGCUUCUCGGAGGAGGAGGAGGAGCUGGGGGGCUGCCUGGCGGGGGGGACACGUGGGGAGGUCCCCCACGCCUGCGCCAUCCAGAAGGAGGACCUGCGGGAUGGGCUGCACAUCCUGAUUCCCAAGGAGGACAGUCUGCUCUACGCCGGCAGCGUCCGCACCAUCCAGCCCCCGGACAUCUACAGCAUCAUCAUCGAGGGCGAGAGGGGGAACCGGCAGCGCAUCUACUCACAGGAGCAGCUGCUGCAGGAGGCGGUCCUGGACGUGCGGCCGCAGUCACGCCGCAGCCUCCCGCCCGGCACCCGCGUCUGCGCCUACUGGAGCCAGAAAUCCCGGUGCCUGUACCCAGGGAACGUGGUGCGAGGCUCCUCCAGUGACGAGGAGGAGGAGGACGCCGAGGCCGUGCUGGUGGAGUUCGACGAUGGCGACACCGGGCACAUCGCCGUGUCCAACAUCCGCCUGCUGCCCCCCGACUUCAAGAUCCAGUGCACCGAGCCCUCCCCAGCACUGCUGGUGUCCAGCUCCUGCCGGCGGGCAAAGCGGGCGUGCGGCGACGUGGGCACCCCUGGAGCGCUGCCCCCCACGCUGUGCCCGGAUCACGGCCCCCAGGCCUCCCGGAAUUCCAGCAGGAAGGCAUCUGGCAAGGAGAAAAGCGGCAAAGCCAUGGAGGGGCUGUUGGGGGGCCGGGGGCCAGCACUGAGCGAUGCCACGGCCGGGCGGCGCGGGGGGUCCCUGCUCAGCUGGGCAGCCAUGGCACAGACCAAGCGGAAGGCGGCGAACAAGGGCUCGUCCGUGCUCCAGAACCUCUUCCAGGUCAACGGCAGCGCCAAGAAGCUGCGGGCCAAGGAGACCCUGUUCCCGCUGCACCACCACCACCACCACCUCGCCGCCCCCGUCUUCGGCAACGCCUUCGGUGCCGACUCCUUUGGCCGCAUCGCCAGCUCCUACAGCUCCUUCGGCGCCAGUGCCGGGCUGGUGCUGCCCGCGGCACAGAAGCUCCUGCGCUCCAAGAAGGCCGAGCGGCUGGAGGCGGAGGUGGGCAGGAGCGGGCGCAGGAAGGCGGCGGGCAGCGAGUUCCUGGUCAAGCUGGACCACGAAGGGGUGACGUCCCCCAAGAACAAGACGUGCAAGGCGCUGCUCUUGGCCGAGAAGGACUUCGGGGCCCGGCUGGAGCGGCCGCUGGGCAGCCACGGCUACGGACACGCCGGGCUGGGCGGCCGGGAGCGGAGGGGCCGCGCGGCCACUCACCCGCUGCCCGUGGGGCUGGCGCUGCGCAAGUACUCGGGGCACGGGGACUUCACCCUGAACUGCGACAGCGACUGCCACAGCUCCUACUCGGACAUGGACGAGGACGAGGACGCGGCGGGGCUGGGCGCCGACGUCCCCUCGCGCUUCAUGACGCGCCUCUCGGUGUCCUCCUCUUCCUCGGGCUCCUCCACCUCCUCCAGCUCCGGCUCCAUCUCCACGUCCAGCCUCUGCUCCUCGGACAAUGAGGAUUCCUCCUACAGCUCGGAGGACGAGGACUCGGCGCUGCUGCUCCAGACCUGCCUGUCGCACCCGGUGCCGGCGCUGCUGGCGCAGCCGGACGCGCUGCGGCCCAAGGGCACCGCCCCACAGCGCUGCUUCCUGUCCAAGGCGGCCGCCGCCGGCCCCAAGGCCAAGCUCAAGCGCAAGGAGGCCCUCAGCUUCGCCAAAGCCAAAGAGUUCUCCCGGCGGCAGCGCCUGCCCUCGGUGGAAAACCGGCCAAAGAUCUCCGCCUUCCUGCCGCGCCAGCUCUGGAGGUGGUCGGGGAACCCCACGCAGCGGCGCGGCAUGAAGGGCAAGGCGCGGAAGUUGUUCUACAAGGCCAUCGUGCGGGGCAAGGAGACGCUGCGCGUGGGCGACUGCGCCGUGUUCCUGUCGGCCGGGAGGCCCAACCUGCCCUACAUCGGCCGCAUCGAGAGCAUGUGGGAGUCCUGGGCCAGCAACAUGGUGGUCAAGGUCAAGUGGUUCUACCACCCCGAGGAGACCAAGCUGGGCAAGCGCCAGAGCGACGGCAAGAACGCGCUGUACCAGUCGUGCCACGAGGACGAGAACGACGUGCAGACCAUCUCGCACAAGUGCCAGGUGGUGGGGCGGGAGCACUACGAGCAGCUCACGCGGGGCCGGAGGUACCAGGACCGCCAGGACCUCUAUUACCUGGCGGGCACCUACGACCCCACCACGGGCCGCCUGGUGACCGCCGACGGGGUGCCCAUCCUCUGCUGACCCCCCUGGGGGUGCCCGUCCUCUGCCGACCCCCCGGGGGUGCCCACCCUCUGCUGACCCCCCGGGGACGGGGACGGGGACCCCCCUCUGCGGGUCCUGCCCGGCUCUUAUGCAAAGCCCGUGGUGACAUUG